AUGUCCAACUUCCCAGCAGAACGCCUUGCGACCCUGCGCUUCGGUGAAUACCAGCCCCAGCGCAUAUUCCCCUUCCGCUACACCCAUGGAACCACCGUCGAGGAUGACAUCUCGAUCAUCAAUUGUAUGGUGGAGGGUAUCGCUCUGGCGAAGGACAUCGUCUCGACCGGCCUGUCGCGCCGGACACUCGCCACGAUCUGUCUGAAGCGGUGUGAGCCCGUGCGACACCGAUCGGACCUCCCUCCCCGCCAAGAAGUGCUUGUCGACCCCGAAGAGACCAUGCUUGCCCUGAUCGACCAGUGGCUCAGGUGCGAUACCUUUGUCGUCGUAUUUGACGACUUGGAAGAGGGCACGUAUGCUAUCACGAACGUGUGCGGGGAUGAAGGCGAUCCUUGUCCGGUGAAGAUAGAGUAUUCUCUCGUCGAAUCCGCUGCUGCGGCUCAGCGAAUACUGGGUCGUGAUCACCUCGCUGCGCAAGCGGCACUCCUGCACCUAGCCGUCGUGGUGGGGCACGAGCUCUGCCAUGUCGCGCGUCAUCAACUGACGCCGACAUGGAUGGAUGAUACGCCUCCUUCGAUACGCACCGGAUCCGGCAUCACCGGCGACAGUGAUGACCUAGUCAUAGGCGAGUCCGGGUGGUUCUGGGAAGAAGCCGUGCUUGGUGGUAGUAUAUCGAGGGUUCUGGCGGUAGAGGGCGAUAAGGGGUAUACGGUCGACGGACAAGUCGAUGUCCUCGUCGUACGGUUACUGGACAAGCAGCCCGUGAAUGGCCAGGUCCGAUACUUCGAAGUGGCGAAUGAGAGGAUCGGGGAGAUCAUCGGUCGGAAAGAAAGCCUCGAUACCGUGCUCCCUUUGCGUCCCGAGCGAGCUGGUUCUAUUCAAACGGGCCGGCUCAAGCACGUGAAGUGGAGGUAUCCGAGCGACGGUCAUGCUUCCUCCGACCCGGAGACAUCGGGCUCCAGCCGUCCGGAGCGCCCCAUCGAGGUACGGAAAUCAACGAUCCAUCCCGGCUGGAAAGCCUGA